AUGGAAAAAUCCAAAAAUUUCCGAAUCGACGCCCUCCUGGCCGUCGAUCUGCCCAAACCGCAAACUUGUUCGCCUCUUCUUGCAACUUCACCCCCGUCCUCCAGCGCCAGCCCUCCAAUGCUCGAGCAGCACCCGGCCACCUCCGACUGCCUGCGCACUGACAGCCCGUCGCCUCCCAGGCUGACUCUCGGGAACCUGAUGUCCAAACCCGGUUUCCUGAGCGUGCAGCAGCACCCCGGGGUGACCGGCCUUCAUCCCCACGGGGCCAUCCCGGCUUCGGCUCUCUACGGCCACCCGGUUUACACCUAUUCGGCGCUGACGGGCCAGUCCAGCGCCUUGCCAUACCCUUACCCCCAGCUAGCAGGCACUCAUCACUCGGAGCCAGUCAAAGUAACGGCCGGGACGUUUCAGAUAGACCAGUGGCUUCGAGCCUCGACUGCCGGGAUGAUGCUGCCUAAAAUGCCGGAUUUCAACGCACAAACACAGUCCAGCAUGCUGGGGAAAUGCCGCAGGCCGCGAACCGCUUUUACCAGCCAGCAGCUCUUGGAGCUCGAACAUCAAUUCAAACUGAACAAGUACCUCUCCCGGCCCAAACGAUUUGAGGUGGCCACAUCCCUGAUGCUAACAGAGACACAGGUUAAAAUAUGGUUUCAAAACAGACGGAUGAAGUGGAAACGGAGUAAAAAGGCCAAAGAACAAGCGGCCCAGGAAGCGGUCAAACAGAAAGGGAAACCCACGGAGCACACGUCCAACGAUUUCCAGGAGAAACCUGACAUUACCAAAAGCGAUCAGAGCAAACAUUCCAGAUUAAGGAACGUUCGGGGCAGCGACGAGGAAGGAGGGAGUUUAACGUGCCCCUCGUCCGAAUGUUCUUCAGACGAGGAACCGGAGCAGGCUCAGACACAUCAGGGCCCAACCAUGAAAAUUAAAUAG